AGCAGCUGCAGCAGCUGCAACGCUUCAAAGUGAAAUUCCGGAGGAAAUUUAAAGAGCAUCCGGAUCCGGAGAAAGACAGAAAGAAAGAGGAAGGGGAGAAGGAGGAGGAAGAGGAGGAGGAGGAGGAGGAGGCGGCGGGAGCGGAGCGGUGCCGGCGGGGAUGGGGGAGCAGCCCAUCUUCAGCACCAGGGCCCACGUGUUCCAGAUCGACCCGGCCACCAAGAGGAACUGGAUCCCGGCCAGCAAACACGCCCUGACCGUCUCCUACUUCUACGAUGCCACCCGCAGCGUCUACAGGAUCAUCAGCGUGGGGGGCACCAAGGCCAUCAUCAACAGCACCAUCACCCCCAACAUGACGUUCACCAAGACCUCGCAGAAGUUCGGGCAGUGGGCUGACAGCAGGGCCAACACGGUGUACGGGCUGGGCUUCGCCUCCGAGCAGCACCUGAGCCAGUUUGCAGAGAAGUUCCAGGAGGUGAAGGAGGCAGCUCGUGUGGCCAGGGAGAAAUGCCAGGACAAAACUGAGCUCACCAACCCUGCCCUGAGCCUCCCUUCCCACCAGGUGCUGCCCAGCCCCAUCAUCAGCUCCAACGGGCCCGGGGAGGACAAGCUGUUCCGCAGCCAGAGCGCGGACGUGGAGAUCAGCACCGAGAAGGAGAGGCUGAAGAAGAUGCUCUCCGAGGGCUCGGUGAGCGAGGUGCAGUGGGAGGCCGAGUUCUUCAGCCUGCAGGACAACAACUCCAAGCUGGUGGCGGCGCUGCACGAGGCCAACGCCAGCGUGGAGCAGUGGAAGAAGGAGCUGGCGGCCUACCAGGAGGAGACGGAGGCGCUGCGCCAGCGGGUGGCAGAGCUGGAGGCUCAGGGCACCCCCGACUCCUCCAGUGACAACAACAAGGAGGAGCUGAGCCAGAGCCUGGAGGAGCUGGAGCUGCUGCUCAAGGCCAAGGAUGAGGAGAUCCAGCUGCUGAAGAGCCAGAGGUGCGGCCGCUGGGAGGCCGAGGGCGAGCGCGAGGAGACGCUGCAGAAGCUGCAGGAGCUGGAGGCCCGCAACGCGGAGCUGGAGCAGCGGCUGCAGCUGGCAGAGCAGAGCCUGGCAGAGAGCCUGGCACACAGGGACAGGGUGCACCACGAGGUCACCAAGGUGGCCGAGAUCAUGGAUGUGAAGAUCUUCGAGCUCAGCGAGCUCAGGCAGGGCCUGGCCAAGCUGGUGGAGAGCAACUGAGCAGGGCCGAGAGCCCUGGAGAGGGGCACCUCAGAUGGGGCUGGGCACCAACCACAGACCCUGAGGGCACUGAGAGAUCCUUGAGCACCACCGAGAGCUCCUGUGGGCACUGGGAGAUCUUGCAGACACCAAGGAAGAUCCUUUGGACACUGAGAGCUCCUGUGGGCACCACCCAGAGAUCCUGAGGGAAUCACCAAGAGCUCCUGUGGGCACUGAGAGAUCCUUUGGGCACCAAGAGAGAUCCUGUGGGCACCACUGAGAGCUCUUUUGGGCACCAAGAGCUCCUGUGGGCACUGGGAGAUCCUGCAGACAGCAAGGAAGAUCCUUUGGGCACUGAGAGCUCCUGUGGGCACCACCCAGAGCUCCCGUGGGCACCCAGCAGCCUCGGCCCUGUCCGGGCAGGAUUUGCCACCCACCAGCAGCUGCCCGGCCAGAGCGGGCACCAGGCUGGGCACUCACUGCCCAGGGAGCCGCCGAGCAGGGCACGGAGCUCCUGAACCCCCAAAUCCUCUCCAGGGAGCACCCAAAGUCCUCAAAUCCUCUCCAGGGAGAGCCUCAGCUCCCAGUUCUUCUUCAGGGAGCACAGGAACACCCAAACCUUCUCCAGGGAGCACCUGAGCCCCUGAACCUUUUUCAGGGAGCACCUGAAAUCCUCAAAUCCUCUCCAGGGAGCACCUGAAUGCCCAGACCUUCUCCAGGGGCAACCUGAGCCCCCAAAUCUUCUCCAGGGAGCUCCUGAACCCCCAGAUCCUCUCCAAGAAGCACCUGAAGUUCUCGAAUCCUCUCCACGGAGCACCUGAGCCCAGCCCAGGGGUGCCAGCUGUGCCCAGGGGUGCCAGCUGUGCCCAGGGGUGCCAGGCCCCACAGCUGCCCCCAGGUUUUUACAUUUUCUAAGGGCAGGGGCCGAGCCCUUUGGGGUUGAUUUUUCUGUCGUUUUUUAGGAACCGUUUGCCUUCGGCAGGUCCUGCCUGCUCCCCUGGCUGGGCACAGCCAGCACUGACUUCCUCCUCCUCCUCUUCCUCCUCCUCUUCCUCCACCCUGGGCGUUCCCAGCCCCUGCACAUCCCAGGGCAGCGGAGAUGGAGGAGAACUCUGGAAAAUUCUGCAUUUCCCCAGAGGAAAUUCUGUGGUUUCACAGCUCGGAUGAGCUGAGCACAGAGGAUUUCGGGACUGCUGGAAAUUUGGGGCUGAGCACGGGGAAUUUGGGACAAGGGACAUCCCUGAGGGCACCAAGCUGCUGGGUUGGCACCUGUGAGGUUAAUUGAAAUUAAAUGGAGCAAAUCUCA